UGACAUGACUGAAUGAGAUGAUGGAAAUCAAGAUAUCGAAAACAUGUGGCUGGUUUUUUUUCAACUAUCAUUAAUCAAAGAAAGAAGAAGAGAAAGAGAGGAAACCCUCUCUUCUUAGCUUGAGCUCCUCCAGCUCCCCACAACAAGCAGCAUGUCGCUUGCUCCUUCUCUGUCUCUUCUCCGCUCCUCCUUCCUCUCUCCGCCUUCCAAUGCCAAGCUCCUCUCCUCUCCCCGCCUCACCACAACCCAUCGUCGAACCAUCUCCUAUCCCCGCAUAAGCGCCAUCGAGCUCGAUCAGAACACGAUCGUUGCCAUCUCCGUUGGUCUUGUAAGCGUCGCGGUUGGGAUUGGAAUCCCUGUUUUUUAUGAGACCCAGAUCGAUAAUGCGGCUAAGAGGGAGAACACGCAACCUUGUUUUCCAUGCAGUGGCUCCGGUGCUCAGCAAUGCAGGUUUUGCAUGGGAACUGGCAUUGUGACUGUAGUUCUUGGUGGGGGUGAGACAGAAAAGUCACAAUGCAUCAACUGCGAAGGUGCAGGCUCAUUGACAUGUACCACAUGCCAAGGAACUGGAAUUCAACCACGUUAUCUUGAUCGCAGAGAGUUCAAGGAUGAUGAUUGAGGUACUGAUGUUUCAUAACUACCAAGGCAAGCACAAGUGUAAACCCAGCAACAUGCAAGAGAUAUCCCUUAACACAUAAAAGUCAACUUUGAGGCCAAUUUUCAUUCUACUUUUGAAUUGUAAAUUUGUAACUUAUGUAAUAGAUAUUCAUCUUUAUUCAUGUCCAUUCUGAUUUUCAA